GACCUAUCCUGGACUUACCCUUUCGCCUCACAUGGACCAGGACCUAUACUGGACCUACCUUUUCUCCUCCGAUGGACCUGGACCUAUUCUGGACCAACUAUCUCUCCUCUCAUGGACCUGGACCUAUUCUGGAUCUACCCUUUCUCCUCCCAUGGACCUGGACCUAUCCUGGAC